AUGUCUUCGCGAAGACGAACGAUCAAAAAAGAGACCCCGCAGCGCCGCAAGAUCGCUUUAGCAUGUGAAUCAUGCAGGGACAAGAAGGUCCGAUGCGACGGGGCGAAGCCGAUCUGUGGGCCAUGUGCUCGACGGGCGUAUCCGAUAGACCGGUGCGUAUACAAGAUUGAGAAUGCUCGGUCAGCAAGCAAUGAUGCUUAUCUCAAGGUACUGCACAAUCGCAUCCGAGAAUUAGAGAAUAUUUGCGCCCAAAAUGGAGUUGCUGUCCCGGCCCGACUCCCUGAUGAUGAGGAGAGGGGAUCCGAUGAUGGCCAAGACAGACAACCUAGUGCAGACACGUUGGACCAUGAGUCUAGAACAUCUGUGGCCGUGGAAGGUCUGCUCGGCCUAGGCUCUAAUACCGCAAUACUCAAUCAGCUACGUCCCUCCACGGUACCCACGGUGCCGCAAAUGGGUGCUCAGUUGGGACAUCGGCCUUCUAUACCAUCGACACAUUCAAGCCUGGGACAUCCAGAUGCUGACCCAAUCUCACCCCAUCGAUCACUUGCUCCUUAUGAGACUGGAACGGCAUCUUCGGCAAAUCCAUUUCCUUCCCCGUCUAUCAAUUCCCAUAAUGUCACCGCCAUGGGAGCAAUCUCUGUGGGAGAAGAUGGGGAGAGUAACGAUUCACCCAGGGAGCAAUACUACGGUAACUCAUCUGUAGCUUCCUUCAUGCGCCUUGCAAAGGACUCAAUGCCAAUACGAUCUUACCUUCAAACCCUCAAACAGAUGGAAGGCAGCACGCCGGGUGGUUCUUCUUAUCGGGACACAGGGCUGUGGCGAGACUGCCUGACGCCAACGCUGGGACUACAAUUCGAUGAUUUUUCGCUGCCCCCUCGAUCUCUGGCGGACCAUCUUCUGGAAUGCUAUUGGAACCGAGUUCAUUGUCUGUAUCCCUUUUUCCAUCGACCAAGUUUUGAGCAAGCUUAUGAGAAUCUGUGGGGGUCUAGCAAAUGGCCCAAGCCUCAGCUGCCAGAACUAAACAUUGGCCUUGGUGGCUCAUUUGAUUCUGGUCAUCAGUCAAUUGUCUUUCACUGCGCACUGAACGCUAUCUUCGGCUUGAGCUGCCAUUUUUCUGAUAUUCCUGCCGCUGAGCGCGAGGCAGCCGCAUACUCCUUUUUUUCUCCGAUCGAAGCGACACUUCUCAUUAUCUCCCUUCUUUUACAAAGCACACCAUACCCUAAUAGAUGUUGGAAUGCGAUCGGGCUUGCUUGUCGGGUUGCCCAAGGACUGGGCCUGCAUGAAACUGCAACGCAGCAAUCCAUCAACCCCCUGGAGCAAGAAACAAGGCGCCGUACCUGGCACGGAUGCGUGAUCAUGGAUAUGAUCGUGAGUAUGACUUACGGUCGUCCAAGUAUGACUUCUCAUAUUUCACCUGCUUCUCCCCCGGUCAUGAAACCUGACCUGCAGUCCGAUGACCCUUGUGCACUUGCUGGACAACCUUGCGAUCACAAAUCGGGUUACAUGACAUUCUACGUCUCCACAAUUGAGCUCUACAAAAUCCUCGAAGCUAUCCUGUCCGACAUAUACAAUGCAUGGCAAAGCCGAUCGAACCACCAUCGACCAUUGUCUCAUCGAGGAAUGAAGCAUAGCAGCCUUGAUGUCAUCAUGGAACUCGACGACAAGCUUUCCACAUAUGAAGCCAACGUUCCCGCCGUUCUUAACUGGACGGGUAUACACCCACUCAGCCCAAAUAGUCACCAGGAUCCGAUCUUCAAACGCCAGCGGAACGUCUUGCGAGCAAGAUUUAUACAUCUUCGUCUUCUCCUUUAUCGCCCCAUGUUCACACAACUCUGCUCCGACGAUCGCAUGGACUUCGCUCGACAGACAGGCUCAGGCUCGGACUCGGACAAACCCACGAUCGGACUGGAGAAAAAUGUCAUUUACAAUUCCAUGUCUGUAAAUUGUGCAGCUGCUUGUGUUAGGGCAGCUGUGGAACUGGUGUCACAUGUCCACGCCACAUACAAGACUUCAUUAACAGACGCGUGGUGGUAUAAUGGCUUUUAUACAUCGACCGCAGGAUUCGUUCUGAUCAUGUCUUAUUCGUGUCGCUCGAUCCUCGACCAGAUCGAUGUGCAUGCUGUGGACGAGACAUGGCGGAAAUGCGAGGAGGUUCUGACAACGAUGUCCUCAUUCAGUCUCUCUGCCCGCAACUCGCUACAGUUCCUGCAAGUGACGCACCAACAUAUUGUUCAGAAUUAUACAGGUGCCUCCCGCAAUGAUGAUAACGCUUUUGCCCCGAACCAAGUACAAAGAAGUAACAAAAACGCCGAUCGAUCAGAUGUCACUUCUCAUCCUGCCGAGGGCAUUUCAGAAGACUCUGGGGCGCGUGAUUCAGAGUCCAAUGGUCCUGCCAUCAAUCCGUUCAUGAGUUGGGAUGAAAUGGGUCUUGGUCAGGAGGAUCUGGGAUUUUUGGGCAGAUUUGAUCUUCCUGACCUUGCGACCUGGUUUUCUGACGUGCCGGAUAUGUUAUCAUGA